UCUGUUUUGUGCGACGUGCAAAGAUGAGGCAGCAUCUGUGGUCCAUACUAUUUUUAGUGAUUUGCCUGACGGCGGUGCUGGUGAAAUCUGAAUCCUUCACCGAAGUCGAUGAUGAUGGCAAUGAAAUCGAAGUUAAACGCUUCUACAUUGAAGGCCGUCAGUUGAACGGUGGUCGCCGGCAAUGUUAUGAGACACGUAGGCGCAAGCGUUCUUACGCCUAUGGACAAGAAGAAGACAAGUCCAAUGAUGAGAUUCUAACAGCUACCUCAACGGCCCCAAGCGGUAUUGAUACCGCUGUCUCCAUAGAUGAAGAGGAUGACAUGGAAGAAGAUAAGCCGGUUGGCGUGUACGGAAUACGCCAAGGUGCUGACAAUGGGGAACAGAAUAUGGCUGAUGAUGGAGCUGACGAGAAUGAGAAAGAGGAUGAAGACGAAGCCGUACUCAAUUUGCCGGUCGUGGCGCAGAUCACACAUCAAAGUAACGUACAGUCCACACCAGCUGCCGUGGACAGUAACCAGAAUGGCAUAGUAAUUGUACAAGGCAAUAUGCCGCCUAAAGUAGAUCCACAAACACACGCGGUUUUUGAACUAUUGCCGGUGGAAAAUGGAGAAGACGGUGAUGACGGGCUUGAUGGCGUUGACUAUGGUGAUGAUUCUCACCUAUUGUAUCAAGAAGAAAUUAGUCCAGUGAGCACCACAGCUAUUUGGUCGACUGGUGACGACGAACCUCUGAAAUAUGGUCAGACUGAGUUGGAGACUGAUACUGAAGACUAUGCUGAUAUAGAUGAGGGACAGAAUGGCACAGCUAAACCUAAACCAUCGAAAAGACCUACAAAGAGACCGACAAAAAAACCAUCCAAAAAGCCAUCGCGCAAACCUUCUAGAAGACCUGUCAAGAAACGUCCUAACAACAAACGUCCAAAUACAUCGAGUAGCAAACGUCGUCGUCCAAGCAAAAGGAACAAGAAUUCGUCCCAUAGACGUGGCACGAGCAAUAAUAAGAGACGUCGCCCACAUCCCAAUUACGACGAUGACGAUUUGGAUGGUUUUCGCCUAACAGCCAAUCGUCUCAAGAAUCACAAACUAGACAAUUUAAAGUAUAAACGUAAACAGUUGAACAAGGAGAAUGAAGCCAACCAAGGCACAAACACUUUUACGAAGACCGAGACUUUUACACGUACCGGUACAUCCGAUGAUGAGAAGAAUGUUAACUGUAUUAUUAUCAACAAAACCACAACACCGCGCCCAUUCUGGGGCCUGUUCGGUCGUAGCGCAGAUGGUGAUGAGGCUGAGGCAACCACCGCGAAACCCUACGGCAGAAGGAAGCGCAUUAACUUCAGUCUGCCGGCAUAAGUUCAUUUGCUAGCUUCAGGAUUAAGUGAAAUAGAAUUAAUUUUAAUUUAAUAUUUAUUUAAUUGAUAUUUAUAAAAGAAAUAAAGAAAUG